CCAGUACUGGCACGGUACUCCGAACCACCGGAUCGCCCUCUUUCCGCCGCCACCGGUGGUACAUCGGUAACGCAAAACAAACGCGAGCGAAAAUCGUGAUCGACGCGAUUUCUACAUCCCUUACGCGCGCACGAUAAUUCGAGAUUUACGUGCACGUGAUCGCGCGCGAUUUCCUUGCCGCGAUUCCUCGUUGCUUCUACCGGAACGAGUGUAUCGGUAAAUCGUCCGGUUUUCGCGUGCUCUUCCGCUUUCCCCGGUGGAACUCCGCGGAUGUUCGCAUCUUUCAAUUGGCGUGCAUCCGGAUUGCACGUCAUCGAUCGCGAUCGCAACGACGAUAGAGACAAUGUUUCCAAGUUUCAUCUGUUCUCCCGUCUCUUCUCUCCUUCGCUCUUUCCUUGCGUCCACGAUCCAGUGGAUCUAUAUUAGUUCCUGAAAGUUCGCGUAAAGAAUGACAAAAGGAGAUGGAUUUGUUGUAACUUCUCGCCGUAUUUUUUUCUAUGGAACACUCGCACGCAGUUUGUAAAAUGUAAGAUUGCAAUUGCACAUAUUACUUUGUUGCUCGAUUAGAUAAGACAAACUUGCACGCGUGGGUUCAGUGGAUACGAGGCGGUUAUUUGGCGGACUCGGGGCUAAAUUUCCUACGGGCUGGUUUCACCGAUGUCGAUUAACGUAAACUGUGAUUGACUGAGGGUCGGUUGUAGCAACGUCGCUUAGGGCUCUGACAUUGCUUAAGUCAAUUUUCUCUCCGUCUCUCUCUCUCUCUCUCUCUCUCACAUAUAUACACACACACGCGCGCGCGCGCACACACACACAUCCCGUUCGCAUCUCGGAGAGAACUAUAAUCUACAAAGGGGUAACCAGGUCGCGAUAGACCCAGUUGUUGGAUCAGGCUUGCCCGAGUUGCGUGAUUGAUACAACUCAGUCGCCCGUUCGCCGUCUACGCCGAUGAAUGACGCGUGGACUAGUGCAUUCGACAAAUAUUCCCGCUUUCAACAUCAUGAAAUCUUCCGCCACACAGCCCGAGCAGAAACGCGACGGAUCGAUUUUUCAUCCCCCUUCUUUGUUGGACCACGCGCUCGUGGUUAACGCGUUAAUCGACGGACCGGCAAAACUCGCGGCCGCGAAAAAGACGAACGACGACGCGGAGAUUGCUCGUCCACCUUGUCGUUCUCUUUUGUACGCCGCUGGUUAUGGUGUAUAACUUGUUGCUCCCGGGCAAACGAACGUGCAGCGGCCGCGAAUUGCAAUUUCAGAUCUUCAGCCGGGCCACCGAUGGCAGAUUGCCAUGCCCGCUUUUGGAUAUCCUUUUUUUCCUCCCGUUUCCCGCGUCCCUCUCCACCUUUUGCCAUCGUUUCGAUUCAGCGAUAAAAACGAACGACUGUGCGCGCUUGUUACUCGGAAGUGAGGAGGAGAACGGAGGAGACAGGAAAUGAGGGAAAAGCAGAAAGAGAAAGAACAGAAAACAUCCUAAAGGAUAUACGGGAAUCCUCGAUCCCGUCGCACUCUCGGCCUUCCUCGUUAUUUGCGGCUUAGGACGGCUACAAAUCAAACAGAGUCGUCGUGACCGUACCCUACUAUGCCCCCGAUAUUUGCCGCCACGAUUAUCCCGUUUUCCCUCGCAUGGAUUCCCGACCAUUCUCUCCAACCUCCUCUGAAGCGAGCGCCGGCCGAUUCAUUGUUGGCGGAACGCGCGGAUAUCAGACAAAUUGAAAAGUUCGUGGAGACCGUCCUCGCGAAACCUCGAUUCCUUCCCUUACGAAAGAGCAAAUCGACUGCGGGAUAUCGCAUCGCGGAUCGAGAGUAUCAUCGCGGAAACGAAGUUUCCUUUCUCCGCUUCGGAUAAUUUCUACACUCGGGCGACCUUCCAUGUGAAUCGCUCAUCGGGAGUCGCGAUCUAAAGUUGCGAGCGACAUCGUCGAACCUAAGGGUGCUGCGCGAUAAGGAGUAAUGAUCGGACGGUUUAAUCAUUUACCACACCAACGAGGGUCGCCGAGGCGCUGACACGCCAAACUCGGGAAGGAAAACUCACUGAAAAUCGGGCACGUCAACCAGCGGUGAAACCUGCCAUCUCGCUGCCCCAGUGCCGUUAACGUCGAGGACAGUCUUGUGAUAAACUUCCAGCGCACAGUGAAAUAAGUUGCGUCGUGAAUCAUCAGGCUACUGCUUGACAAACUGUCGGUAGGAUUUCGGAGCAAUUACACGCAUGGAUGGCUGCUGAUAUGUCAAAGCAUCGAGAACGUGUAUCACUCGAUCGCUCGAAGACACCGGAUUUCGGGGUAUACGCGUCCGUGUACGUGGGUAGACGUAAGGACGAAAGGACUGAUAUUCUACAAAAAAGACUCCGUGUCAAAGUCCAUGGAGUCUCGAAGCAGAAAAUUGCGGAAAAUGGAGGCUACGGAAAAUUCUGAGAUAGAGGUGGAAGCGUAUGAGAGGAGUUGCCAACAUUUAUUGGUCAGGUGUUGACUCUGCAUCUGUCGAAAACAAAGAGAAAAAACUUCGGAACCGCUUUAACGAGAGCAGACCAUGAUACAUUAUUUAAGCAGAUGAUGAAUAGCGAGCACUGAAAAUGGAAAAUACACAUCCAGCUACGAUGGAAUACCCCUUCAAUCAAACCGCGAAUUCAACAGCGGAAGAUCCGGUCUUUGGCGAUGUAUCGAUCUAUUUGAAGGCUAUCGUGCUCUGUCUUGUGAUACUUGUCACUAUCGUAGGGAACCUGUUUGUGAUGGCGGCUAUCAUACUGGAGCGAAAUCUGCAGUCCGUGGCGAAUUACUUGAUCCUCAGUCUGGCCGUCGCGGAUCUUAUGGUCGCGUGUCUCGUUAUGCCUCUCGGAGCCGUUUAUGAAAUAAACUCUGGAUGGUCACUCGGGCCGGCGCUCUGCGACAUAUGGACCAGCUUCGACGUUCUAUGUUGCACAGCUUCGAUAUUGCAUCUGGUGGCUAUCGCGGUCGACAGAUAUUGGGCAGUCACCGAUAUCAAUUAUAUACAGGUGAGGAAUUCGAAAAGAAUCAGCAUGCUGAUCGCCGCUGUAUGGGUAGUAUCUUUAGGAAUCUCAAUAGCGCCUCAUCUUGGAUGGAAGGAUCCUGAUUAUUUGGACCGCAUAGCCGAAGGGACAUGUCUCGUGUCGCAGGAUACCGCAUAUCAGAUUUUUGCAACAUGCGCAACGUUUUACCUUCCACUCUUAGUCAUCUUAUUCUUGUAUUGGAGGAUAUUCCAAGCAGCGCGAAAGAGGAUCAGGAGACGGCCCGGCACCAUUCUUCAGCCACCGCGUGAACGAAGGGGCAUCCUCAGGCUCGUCACGAGAAGGCCGCGCGAGGAGUCAACGGCAUUCACCAUCACGAGAUCCACACCGGAUCACUCGUCCAUCUCGCCAGAGAAGUCAUCGUCGUACAAUGGUGCGAACGUAACGCCGUCGGCGACGGUGACCCCCACGGCGGUCUCGACGACGACCACGACGACCACGUUGACGAAUCCGACCAGCACGAGUCAGCAGCAGCAGAUCGUAAAGUGCACGAGACACACGCGCGAGACGAUCGAGUCGAAGCGCGAGCGUAAGGCGGCCAAGACCCUGGUGAUCAUCACUGGCGCGUUUGUCGCGUGCUGGCUGCCAUUCUUCCUGGCCGCCCUGACGCAAGCCAUAUGCCAGACCUGCAAGCCGCCUGAGCUCGUGGCAAGUGUGUUCCUGUGGCUCGGAUACUUCAACAGCACCCUCAACCCCUUGAUUUACACUGUGUUCUCGCCGGAAUUCCGGCAAGCAUUCAAAAGGAUGCUGUGCGGUGGUACCCGGGGACUUCGCUGACAGUGGAUUUAAUUCCCUCGCCGCGUUGCGCGCGGCCGGGAAAACGCGUGAAACUUGUACAUACAUAUGCAUACAUACAUACAUAUAUACAUACGUACACGCGCGCAUACACGUACAUACACUGGCAUGCAGGCAUAUGUGCUCACCUCCGGAGAGUUCUUCUACCCUUCCCGGUGCUGCGUGUGUUAUCCGGAUACUCGAAUCUGGAUGUUACUACGUUAAGUGGAUACUUACGCUUGGCUACCUGCACGUGCAAUAUCUAGAUGCGAUAUCGAAAUCGACGAUUGGCACAAUUAAUUAAUAACGUUUUUUAUUUUUGAGUGUUUUUUCAUAAAAAGGGACUUCAAGAAAAUUCCACAUUUUGCUUUCUGGUUACACUGUUGUUCUAUUUCUAUUUUCUUCCUAUAUCGUCUACAUUUUUUAUUAGUGGCGCAACGCCGUCGUCAAUUUUAGGAUGUAUCAUUUAAAUCAAUCAAUAUUCGUAUCUAGAUUGAUUGUACCGGCAUCUAGACACGACGGUAUCCAAUGCAAAACACUGCUUUUUCCCUUUACAGCUGUUCAAGGUAGUCGGACCGCGCGCCGUUACUCUCAUAGGUAUUUUUAACGAGCUUCGCUCGUUCCCGUAAACAUUAGCUGAAUUUAAUCGAGAUCUCUUAUUCGCGGUUAACGUUAACUACAGUUAAUAUAACAGAUGACAGAUCCUACAUAGAAUGUUCUUGCGAAACGCUUCCUUGUUCGGCUUGUGGGACGCAGGAGAAUCAAAAAGAAUGACAAUGGCGCAAUAUUCCUCGCGAUUAUUCGAACAAGCGUGAAAAUAUCACAAUGUAAAAUGGACAUUCAAAUCCAUAAAUUUCAUUCAUUGAAAUGAAAGCCAGAACGUUUUAACGCAUUAAACUGGCUGACAUACAUGUAAUAUAUAUUUACAUACAAUGAAAAAUCCUGUCGCUCAAUAAAUAUAAUUCUAUCGGCUACAAUUAUCGAGUUUUGUUAUUGUAACAGAAAAAUGAAUAAACUAAAAGCUAUAUAAGUAUCUGAGAUAUAUAUAACUCGUAAUUUUUACUAUUUUAUUUAAACAUGAGCGAAAAAAUAGCAAGCGUGAAUCGUAAUCGUAAAGUAAGAAUUGUGAUUUAACUGCCUAUAAUUACUCACAUUUAACAUAUGUGAUAUAAGAAAAAAUCAAAGUAAACGAGUUAAAUAUCAUAUUUUAUUGUCCAUCAAAAACUUUUUUAAAUACGCUCUGCCGUGGAAAAUCGCGAGGAGUGUUUGCUCUGAAGUGUAAUUGUACAGUAUUGUGUAAGCGCGCGCGAUAGUGCUUAGCGAUCGUACUUCCGAGCGACACUGUUAAAAUAGCUAUGUAUAAAAGUUUUCAAUCUUGGCUCGUCUCCAAGUUACAUACGUAACGACGUCUAAGUGUACAUUAAACUGAAACGUGAUGAAACGGAUACGUCGCACGCACCGAUAGAUCCUCGUAGAUUUGUCGCGAUUGUGUAUAAAUGAAGCUCUCGUUUGAAGAGAUAAGAACGGCAACCUCAAGCUCGACUGGUAUUAGGAUCUUACGCUUUUUAACUUGGUUCGAAAGUUAAAAGUACUUGGAAAAUUUCCCAGGUGUAAAAGAUUCUCGCCGCCUUAUUAAGGUUUGCUUAUGCAACUUUUCUCAUACAGAGUUUUUUAAUAAAGAAUGAAUAAAGUAUCCGCCACACACAAGAGCAACAGAAUUGAAUAGAAAGGUCUCUCUUAUAAUAUCUCUCCUAUAAUAUCUCUCUUAUAAUAUCUCUCUUAUAAUAUCUCUCUUAUAAUAUCUUCAACGAUAUUUCAAACAAAUUUAUUUUCGCGAACGAUAUUGCAGCAUAUACUGCAUGCUUACUGUAAAAUAAAGAAUAAACAUUGAACGACGAUAAAUGAAUACAAUAUGCCUGAACAACGACGUAAAUACGCGACGUCAACUCAUAUCAUAAAUAAUCUUAGAAUCAAAAAGCAAUUUUGCAUAAAUUACCUCUCUGUCUAAAUGAAAAAUUAUGUGAUACAUGAAAGCACGGAGUUUCCCAAAACCAGUGGUAAUAAUUGUAAGAACAGAUUAUAUGGAAAAUAUUCUAAGACAAAAAUUCUUUCGAUAUAUUCUUGUGCGAGUGCGUGAAAUUUCAGCUCUGUCAUUCAUGAACUUUAAUCGUUUCUCAUUUAAAAAUUAUUAUAGCUUAGCGCGACAUUUUCGUAUAAAACUUUUUGUCUUGGAAUAUUCCACAGAAUCUGGCCUUAAUUAUUAUUACCGAUGGUUUUGGGAUAUUCUAUAUAAUUUCUAGCCUUACCAUUCAAUUCUGCGUCUUUUAGCGAGCGUGUUUGAUUUUACGUAAUAAUAGAAUGUAAUAUCCACAUUAAUAUUACUACGUGAUGACGCAUAAUGUUUAAUUUACAGAGCAACGACUGAUCGAUAUAUAUGUUCGCGUAAUGAUCGAAUAGGAAUUGAGAAAAGCUUUAUUUGUUUAUAUAAUGUCUACUUUCAGAUGUCAAAUGUAAGUGCACGCGUAUUGAUUUCGUUUCUACUUACUAAGCCGCUGGGCUUGCUCUACUUAGAAAUAAAAGAAGAUAGUUCUAGACUAAUCAUACUAAUGUAGGCAGAUUGUGAUAAACAGCGACAAUAGCUUUUUCUUCGUCAGAAAUGAUAAGACUUUAUUUCAUCAAGAAUUGACUUUUGAGAUUUGAGUACACGCAAACAUAAAGUAGCGCUGUGUUGCUUAAAAAUUUAUUUUUAAAUUCAUUCUCACUUGCCAUUUUAUCAACUUUAUUUCUAAUCCAUUUUUAUUUGUAUUGUCGGUUUACUGUUAUAUUAAUUGUUAUAUUAAUUAAUCAAUGUACACUAAAUACUAUUUAUUCAACGCAAUUACUUUAUUACUUGUUUCUAGAUUUUGAAAAAAUUGCACAAAAUUAUAUUAAUUAUUUGGUGAUUACAAUUACUUGAUAAAAAAUCAGUUUCGUUACUUCGAUUAAUUUGUGGAUAAAGUCUUCUUAUUUCUAAUGACAUUGUUGCUGAAAUAAUGACGGCAAUAUCGGAUACGCUUGCGCUAUCUAAUUAUGUCACUGGUCGUCGUUCUACUCAUGCGAUAUGACCGACAUAUAAUAAAAUAUGACGUUUUGUUUUCACGUUCGUUUUUUUACGUAAAUGUCCAAGCAAAACGAUAACACGCGUUGUCUGCCGAACAUUUUCAGUGAUUCAGUAACGGAGAUGGAAAGUCAUUGACGUUAAUAGCAUGAGAGCUCAAGGAAAGCGGGGAGAAGUUAUCCCACGAACAUUUAUCACCGAUACUAAAUUUCAUCGCAAAUAAAAAAUAAAUUUCGAUCUGACAAACGUAGCUUCGCAGAUUGAAAAAUAUCAGAAUUAAAAGGCUCGAUGACGUUUGAUAAUCAACUCAAAAAUCGAUAAUGCCGGCUCGGUUACCGAAUAAGCGAUGUUUGAUGUGGUUAGUACUCAUUAAUAAUGUUCUGUCAAAGUGCCACAACAAAAUUGAUCGAGAGUAAUUUGCUUUUGUGAUGAUAUGGAAUAAGCUUCGGCAAUACAUGCGGCAAAAUGUUCAGUGGAUAACGGAAUAUGUUGGGUUGAUCAUGUGACGCUUGUAAAUCAACAAAUAAUCGUAUCAAACGAGAUCGUUCAGUAACACCACUCUGUAUAUCUGCCAUGUGUAAGCGAUACGAAUGAAUAUUGACAAAAUUAGCACAUCGAGAUGAGAAUGGGAGAAUGUAUCAAAAUGAGGCGAUAAGUCGGCAACAAGUAUUAUCCAGCGAAUUAAAUCUAAGAUUGCAUAAUCAUCCAGACGAUAACUUGUUGACAUAAAUGCCAGGUAUGUUCACUUGAAGACUUACGCGAGCGUAGGCAAGCAAUGCGGUAAAAAGAAACGAAGGAACAGCGUAAAGUAAGAGGGAAGAGUUAGGAGCUGCGGAAAUAAAACAAAGUGCGUACAUGAGAAAGAAAAAGAAAGAGAAGGAUAUAUUUACAACGAUGCUUCAAGUGUGUAUAUCCUUGCAACCGUAAAGUGAAAUAAAUGACGGGAAAGUUUGGAGGAAUUUGCU